GGCCGGCGUCCAUUGGACCACAUCCACACUAUUUCCUUGGCUGGUGCUGGGCGCAGAGACCUUUAGACUGCUUAGUCGUUGCUGCUCUGUGCUGUGGUGGUGGUGGUGGUGUUUGUUGUUGUUGUUGUUGUUUCCCCCCUUUUUUUUUUAUUUCGCUAGCAGCCGAGGAACGAUUGCGAGCAAUCCAAAGUGAACCAUCCAAACAAACCAAAGGCAUUCGCCCAAUUUCUCUCUUUGUUGUUUAGAUUUUCAAGUCGGCAACGGCCGGUCUAGUCUACACACAACAGCAAAGAGAGUGAGUGAGUGAGGAGCCUUCCUUCCUUCCUUCCUUCCUCUAAGUCCUGGUCGUUAGCGUCAAGGUACAUGUAUACAAGAGCUGGAUAUAGCCAACUGUGCCAAUUCAGUCUUCAGUCUGAGGCUGGCCACAACGGAUCAAAGCCCCACGACUUCCACCACCACCAUCGUCUCUCUUCCACGGGAAUUUUUCUUCUUUUUUGAUUAAAAUCCAAAGCAGGGUGGGUAAAGAAGAAGAAAUAAAAACGAACAAAUAAAUAAAAAAAAAUCCGACGACAAUCAAAGUGAUUCCAAAAAAGUUUUUACCCCAAAUAUUGACUCUCUCUCUCCCAACAGUUUGUCCAGGGUCUGUCUGUGUGUGCUGCUGUGUGUGUGUGUGUGUUUCUUCUUGUUUCUUAACGUGGCGUGAUUGAAGAAAAAAGAAUAAGGAGAAAAAACCUAAAGUGCUUCGUCAAUCUUCUUCCCAUUUCUGUGUGGCUCCUUGUUAUUUACCAAAUAAAAUUAAAAUAAAAACCGCCCGGCUUUUAUUUUAAUUUUCGGCCCAGUUCACCUGUUCAAAUCGAAUUACGUCAAAGAAAGUUUCUUCCUCUUCAUCAGUCAAUCAGAUGACAACAAAUUUGGCCGGGGGAUAAAUUAUCGUUCCAGCUACUCCUUUCCGUCCGUCGAUCCUUUUUCAUUAAACCAAAAGGGGAAAAAAAGAUAAAAACAUUUAUUUUGGGGGUUUUAUUUGUGACUUUCUGAUGUGCUGGACGUGAAUGAAAAUGGCUUGUUGGGUGACAACUAGAACGACGUCUGUCGGAUCCUGCUCUACUACCAUCGACUCGACGCCGGGCCGAUCCUGUCUACUACACCAGCGACUCGCUCAUCAUUGCGACUGCUCCGAUUAAAAAAAGAAGAAGAAAUUACAUUUCCGUAUCGCCGUUUCUCAUUUGUUUCUAACACAAAAAGUCAAUUGACAGAAACCAAAAAAAGGGACGGACAUUUCCUUGUCUCUUUCGUUUGUGAUUGGGUUCGAACUGCGUGACCCCCCAGCGGCCUCCCCCCCUUGCCCGCGGGAGCACUGGAGACGGAACCAUUCCAUCCAUCAUCAAUGGUGUCGGCCCAGGUGCGGCUAGCCUUAACGGCCAUGCGCUACUAUCGGCUGUGGAUCUACGCGUCCAAUCUGGUCCUGAUGGCCGGCGUCGUCAUCUUCGCCUCGGUGGCAGCCGCCCUCCUCUCCGACCCGAGACGGCAGCUCCUGCCGCCGGCCGCCGUCAGCCCGCACCAGCCCAGCGUCGUCUACGCCUACGCGGCCCUCUUCCUCCAGGGCGCCGUCCUGCCCGUCGUCGGCUGCAUCGGGGCCCUGCGGCUCAGCGAGAAACUACUCAACUCCUACUGGAUCCUCCUGCUCGUCCUCCUGGCCGGCGACAUGAUCGUCGGACUCGUCUGGGUCUUCCGCUUCCAGAAACUCGUGGCCGGACUCGUGCCGGACCUCAAGACUCGACUCAGUCUCGACUAUGGGCACGACGCCGAGUUCGACGCCGCCUGGGAUCUCCUCCAGCGAUCGGCCCGCUGCUGCGGAGUCGAAUCGCCGGCCGACUUCAACAAUUCCCUCUGGCUGGCCAAUUUGGCCGACAGGCCGGCCUGGCAGCCGUCGGGCCUGUCUAACAAUCGAGUCCAACUCACGUCCUCGUCCAGCAGCUCCACCCCGACCCAACACAACAAAGGCCAGGGCCGUCCGCUGAGGCCGUCGCUGAUCAGGGACCAGCGAGUCAGUCGACUGCCGCUGCCGGACUCGUGCUGCAAGUCGGCCAGCUUCACCAGCGAGCAGCUGCGCAAAAACGGGCACUUUAUGUCGAUGGCCAGCGAAGUGCCGCCCGGCCGCAAGGAAGUCUACGGGACGGGCAAGCACCGCCAGCAGCUGAGGGACUACAACGAACGCUACCACGAGCGCAUGAUGCGCGAGCAGCUCCACCUCCAACAACAACAACAACAGCAGCUGGCUGGCAACCUGAGUCUGAGUCACCGGCCCCUCACCACCGUCCAGCAGCAGCCGCCACAACAACAAGGAUCGUCCCGCAUCCAAAGGCGAGUGACGACUCCUCCAUCCGCCCCGACGAUUCCAAUCAGUCCGUCGGCCGGCCACAAGAAAGAGUCCGUCAAUCGCCAACAACAACAGCAGCAACAACAUCCCAACCAGCACCGACAUCGCGGGCUGACGCUGGACGAGAAAGAGACGGACGACGAGGACGGGCUGGAUGAAGACGAGGACGAGGAUUUCCUGUCGUCAUCGUCGUUGUCGGUCGAGUGCGGCGGAGUUUGGCCCAGCGUGGGCGACGUCAGCGACGUCCACGAGUCCGGCUGCGGUGAAUUCGUCUCGUCGUGGCUGCACAUGACGGGCGACACGCUCUUCGUGCUGGGCUAUUGCGUCCUGGCCUUCAUCAAGCUCUGCUUCCUGGCCAUCCUGCGCUACGAGCUCCGCGAAAUGGUGGCCAAGAUCAAGAUCCUGCAGAGCGAACAGGCCAUGAUGAACUCGUCGUCGGCGGCCGGAGCUGGGCCUGGCGGCGGAGGGCCGGGCAGCUCCAUGCCCUUCACCCACUGCGAGAUGAGCGGCAUCCGGGCCGUCAUGGCCAGGGGGACGACCAUCACUCCAGCCCUGGUGGCCACUGACGUCAAUACGACUGGCAAUGACCAGCUGGACAACUUGAACGGACAGCAGCAGCAGCAGCAGGCCCAGCAGCACUUGCCCAACGGUGAAGUGUCAUCCGGCGGAGGAGUUCCGACGAAUACGACGACUGGGUUGAGCGUUUUGAAAAUGCCACGCCCUCGACGCCAGUCGAGUUUCUCUUCCGGCGAGUACCACCUCAUCAACCCGUUUGUCCAGCCACAACAGCCGCAACUGCAGCAGCAGGGCGAGGAGGAUGAAGAGGAGGAAGAUGAAGAGGAAGACAACGAGACGGACAAUGACCUCUUCAGUCCGCCCGACACGCCCAUUCAUCAGUCGCAGCAACAGCAGCAGCAACCACAUCGAACGGCCCAUCAAUUGCCGGCCAACAACGACAAUGGCGCCGAUUCAGAUUCGGGCAGUCAUUGCGCCCUCUUGCCGUCCAGCUGCAACAGCACCGGCCCGCCUCAGCGGCGGCUCAUUCACAAAGAAUGGGACCCGUUAGACACGACAACAGCCGGAACAACAACAACACCACCAGGAACUCAGCCGGCCAGCACUCAGCAGCAGCAGUGCACCAGCAACUGGGUACAGCCACUCCAGCAGCAACAGCACGAGAAUGGGUGGCCAGGCCGGCCCAACGGCAACAACAACGAGUACCACGAGCUCCGCGAAAUUAAGCAGACUCAGAUUUAGAAUAGAAAAAAUCAAAUCAAAUUGUUGGCCCGUCGAAACGAAUGAAAUCAACAAGAAGAAGAAGAACAUUUCUGUCAAAUAGUGCGGCCAUGGCAACCGGGCCGAGAGUCAACAACAAAGAAUAGGCACCGAUAAUCCCAUCACCGAGUGAAAGAAAAUGGCAACCUCCAGUGAAAAAAAAAGUCAAAAUAAAAUAAAUAGAAAAGAAAGAAAGAAAAAGUGAAAUUCAAUCGGGGCUCCUGGAAAGAAAGAAAGAAAAAGGACUUUCUCCUGGUAACAGAUUCUUUUCUCGACAGUGACGGUGAGAGAAUAAGAGAAAAGAAGUCGCAGACAAAAAACUUAUCGACGACGAUUGGUGUUGCCAAUAUUGACUUUCUCUCCAUUUCUCCCCCCCCCCCCCCGACACACAAGUGAUCCGAAACCACACACACACACAUAGGAGCGCAUCCAUAAAUCCUCCGAUUUCUUCUUUUUCUGUAGAUUUCCAACUCCUUUUCUUUCUCUUCAUUCUUCUUCUUCUGUGUGUGACUGUGUGUUUCAAAUGUGCGCGCCCAGGAGCCAAACAAGGACCUCGUCUAUAUCUUAUACCUAACCUUUCCCCCUCCAACCCCUCCCCAGUGUGUGUGUGUGUGUGUGUGUGUGAACAACAGCAGUUGAUUUGGAAAUUUUGUUGACGUUUAGUUCCACCAUUUUUGUCAUCCAGUCACCGUAUAUAUUAUACAUUAUGUAACAUAAUUCUGGAGAGAGAAGUCGCCGAAAGAAUAUGUGAUGACGUUGUUUUGAAAAUUGACUUUUCAUGUCUUUUUGGGGGGGUUUGGGAAAAUAUGAUUCAAUCAAAAAAAGUGUCAACCAAAUUGGGAAUUGUUCCGUUUUUCAAAAAAAUUGGAAAUUCAAACAUUUUUGGCGGGCUUUUUGGGCACUUGAUUUUUGUUUUCUGUUUUUAAUUUUUUGCUUUAAAGAAAAAGAAAAAUUUGGGCGGGAAGUUUGAAAAAAAAAAUUAACUUCCGGCGAUACCAACAAAUUUGUAAAAAAUGAAAAGUUUUAAAAAAGAAAUAACAAUUAACUAAAUGAAAAACAAAAAAAAACCAUGUUAUAAUGAUUUAAAAGAAAAAUGCUAAAAACUAAUGCUGCUGCUAUCAAGUACUAUAUAUAUACUGAUCGUUAUUGUAUAUGUAUGUACGAUUGAAUAACUCGUCUCUCGGGGAAUCAAAAAAGAGUAAAAGAAAAAACCUAA